AUGAGAGCCUCAACCUUAGCCGUCCUUUUAACUGUUGCCGCAUCAGUCAACGCUAAAUUCGCUGUUCCUGAUGUAGCAAAGUUAGUUGCCAGAGCCGAAUCUUCCUCAGACUCCAGUGAGUCCGACUCAUCUAGCUCCUCAGAUGCUUCUUCAUCUUCUGAUGACUCAAGUUCUUCAGGAUCAUCUGGAGCUGGAUCUUCAUCUGAAUCUUCCGGAUCCGCUUCCGAAUCUUCAGGAUCUUCAGGAUCAUCAGGAUCCUCCGGAUCUUCAUCUUCUGACGAUUCUUCUUCCUCAGGAUCUAGUGCAGGAUCUGGAUCUUCAGGAUCUUCAGACUCCUCUUCCAGCUCAGACUCCAGUUCUAGCGCUGACAGUGCUGCCGUUGGUUUAAGCCAUGCCGCAGGUUACGGUUUCGUUGCUGCUGCUGUUGUUGUUGGUGGUUUAUUAAUCUAA